AUGCGCCUCGAGAGAAGCCGCAUAUGCAAUGACCCUACUAUAACGGCUCAAGCUGUGUUGCAGCACGAAUCAAAAUAUCCUUUAGGCCAAGGAGAUGCAGCCGCUGCAGGAGCAGGAGGUAGCCAAGGACCAAGACCCUCUAACAAACGUUUGCAGCAAACACAAGCACAAGUCGAUGAAGUUGUAGGAAUCAUGAAGGUUAAUGUUGAGAAGGUGCUCGAGCGUGAUCAGAAGCUCUCCCAACUUGAUGAUCGUGCUGACGCUCUGCAGGAAGGUGCAUCGCAGUUUGAGAAAUCUGCAGCCACACUGAAGAGGAAGUACUGGUGGAAGAACAUCAAAAUGAUGAUCAUCAUGUGUGCGAUUACCGUUAUUCUAAUCAUCAUUAUUGUGCUGUGGGCAGGCGGGAAGUAA